AGCUCAAAUCUCAGUCUUCAUCAAGUGUCCAUCCCAUCAGAUACAAAGAUGAACAUGAACAGGAAACGUAUUGAAAUUCUGGACAAGUUGUUGGCUGAUGGUGACAAGCUAGCUCCAGAAGAUAAGCUAUUUACCUAUAAAGGGAUUUUGUAUCCUCUUGCUGUUUGCAAGCUAGAAAAUUUCCAAGCUCUUGAAACCUUUGAAGCCAGGACGGAUGAUGUGAUCUUGGUAGGAUAUCCUAAAACAGGUACAAACUGGCUUGAAACCAUGCUACGUGACUUGGAAUUCAGGGCUGGGAAAUAUACAGGAGAGGAAUAUAAAAGAAGAAUGGCAAUUGAAGAGGAACUGGCAGUGCCUCCACGUCUUGAGUUUGAAGAUCUAGACGCCAUCAAGAGGAUGACGAAAUUACCUUCCAGAAGGAUCAUAGUAACUCAUCUCCCUCCUCAUUUACUACCCAAAUCUAUUUUCAAAAGUAAAGCCAAGAUACUGGUGCUGACUCGGAAUCCCAAAGAUACAGUGGUGUCUUAUUUUCAUUUCAACAAUAAUUUUCCUGGCUUUCCUAAUGCAACAUGGGAUGCAUAUUUCACAGAUUUUAUGAAUGGUCAAGUGUGUUGGGGCUCCUACUUUGACCAUGUCUCAGAAUGGGACAAGUACGUUGAUGAUGAAAAUGUCAUGGGCAUAUGUUACGAAGAACUUAAGGAGGAUCUACAUUCAGGAUUGCAAAAAAUAGCUAAAUUCUUUGGGUUUUCCGUGAACGAAGAAGAAAUUAAAAGUGUUGCUGAAAAAGGCAGUUUCAAAGCUAUGAAGCAGAAAUCUGCUGAAACUCAUGGAGCAUUUGGAGAUGUUCUUUUCCGCAAAGGAUCUGUUGGUGACUGGAAAAGCCUGUUCUCAGAAUCUCAGAACCAAGAAAUGGACAGAAGGUUUGAAGAGUGUUUAGCCAAAAGCAAACUAGGAGCAAAGAUGAAGUAUGAGGUUUACUGCAAGAUCUGAGGAGGCAACCUAUAUUCGAAGGGCUGCCUGCCUCCUGCAUUGUCUCUUGGAAUACAAUUAGCUUUGUCACUUUCAACAACAACAACAACAACAACAACAACAACAACAACAACAACAACAACAACAACAACAUAUUUAUACCCCCACCCUGCCUGGCUGGGUUUCCCCAGCCACUCUGUGUAUCAAUACAUUGAUGGAGGCAUAAUGUUUCCUGUGUCUUGCAAUUUCAGCGGUUUUGAUAUUUAAGUAGGGUGGCCUGUUUAAAUUAUGGAUGCUUGAGGAAUUUUUUCUUUGUGGAUCUUAAUUCAAACUGACUUGAUCUCUGCUCAUGGACUAUUAUAUGAAUCAGAACAUAGUUAUCCUUCAGAUUUUGCUUUUCCCUGGACAUUGCAAAGCAGCUUCCAGUUGAAACUAUGUUUUAUAAUGUGUCAGGGACUGGGCAGAGGAAGAAUAGUGGAGAGACCGCCUCCCCAGCCUGACCCUUCCAGAGAAGAGGAAGACAGUUCAGAAUUACAGCAGGGGUUUGAGGAACAUCACAGCUCAGAGGCAGAUGAGGGGAAAAGCUGGGAAAUAAUGGGAGAGGAGGAGGAGGAGGAGGA